UAAGAAGCCAAUCAAAAGCUUCUUAGAUUGUAGUUUACACAAUAGUUUAAUUAAAAAAGUUCUGAUAUAUUUCAGUAAAUACUCUUAUUUGUAUAAAUUACAGGCGAAAUUGUAUUUAAUUUUGAAUCGAUAAAGUUAACUGUCCUCUGAGCAUGCUCCAGGGUUUGCAAACUUAACAUCCCUAUGCUACACCCCUGAGUGUGGGUAGAUCAAUGGAUUAUUUCAAUCAAUAUGAAGAUUGUGCAAUUUAGUACUAUGCGAUAUAAACUAAAAAUAAUUUACAAUAGUGGAAAUUAAAACAAGUUGAAGAAAGCAAGUAAAAGAGGAUGAACACUAUGGAAAGUCAAUUAGAUGUGAUAACUUGUGAUUUGUGGAUACCAGCUGGUCAAAUCAGUUUUUUAAUUUAUUAUAAGUAGCUCGUUUUUUGUUAAAAAAUGCAAACUUUAAGAAAAAAGACAAGUCCUUUAAAAUAUAAGAAUGAGACAACUCGGUUUUUGGGAGAUGGGGUGAGUUUCAAAGCAAAGCUUAUAGGAAUUUUAGAAGUGUCUGAGGCAAGAGGAGAUCGGAUGUGUCAGGAGGCCUUGUCUGAUUUAAAAAUGGCUAUAAGAGCAGCUGGAGAACACAAACAAAGGAUCACUAUUAAUAUUGCAAUAGAUGGAUUGCGCCUGAGAGAUGAAAAAACUGGUGAUUCCCUAUACCACCAUCCAGUUCAUAAAAUAUCCUUCAUCGCUCAAGAUAUGACGGAUUCUAGGGCGUUUGGUUACAUUUUUGGAUCUCCUGAUACGGGCCAUCGCUUCUUUGGUAUUAAGACUGAUAAGGCUGCAAGUCAAGUUGUUAUCGCUAUGAGAGAUUUGUUUCAAGUUGUUUUUGCUCUUAAGAAGAAAGAAAUAGAACUUGCCAAACAGCAUUUAGAAAAAUCCUAUUAUCCUACGUCUCCGUUAUUUUCAGACAGCUCCAGUUCUAGUUCAAAAUUGCAGAGUGUACCUAACGUAACCAUCAAAUCGACGUCGGAAGCGAAGGCCAGUAGUAGUGCGACUGAAUCAAAACCUUCUGGAACGGCAGUUGCGGAUCUCGUUGAUCUUGAAUUGGAACUGAAUAGCUUACAGCAAGGAUUGAAUCAAAUGGAAAAAAUUACACCCUCAGAUCCGUUCGGUUCGAAAGAUGAUCCGUUUGGAGAUAGUUUUAUAAAUUAUCCUCCUAAACCGAUAUUACCUCCACCUCCUUCUUCUGGUCGAGAACGUUCGAAUCGUCUAUCAGAAACCAGCAGUAUAUUUAGUCCAAAAACACCCCACACCGGCACUACACUAGAUUCCGAGAAGAAGAAAGACUUUUCAUUUUCACACGAUCUCGGUAGCUCUCACGACGAACCAAGUAGUGGCGAUUGGUUUACUCCCUCAGCAGGAAACAGCAUAUUCGAAGAUUCAACCUCACUUCCAGAGCCGUCCAAAGAUGAAAAGCACGAACAGGCUAAGCAGGAAAUUAUGUCGCAGUUCGAUGUCUUUACUGAGUUAGACCCAUUAGGUACGGGUAGAAGUAAACCAUAUAUUGACCGAAAACAUUUCUUUCAAGAACUCAAAAAUCCACCUAAAAAAGCACUCAAUGACAUGGUUAACAAUACGUCACAAGAGCAGCCCUUAUUCAGCACAACGUUCAGUCAAUCGACGGCGAAAUCUACAACAACUACAACCACUUCAGGUCUAUCUUCGCAGACAAUUUACUCUGUAGAUCCAUUUGGAGAAGAUCCUUUUGUUAAAGAAGAUCCCUUCGCUGAUUCAGAUUUUUCUAAACAGGAUCCUUUCGAAACGGAAUUUAGUAAUUUCAAAAAAGAUAAUCUUCAUUUAUUUCAAUCUUCCCUAUCAAAAUCUCCAAAGAAUAGCGGAUUGUCGUUAUUAAGUAGUUCUCCCAAUACAAAGUCUAUAAAUACAUUCGACGUACAACAUGAAAAACUAUCUCAGUUGCAUGAAAACGCUAGUUUGGAGAUUUCUUCGGAGAGUGAAUCUGCUCCUGAACCUCCUCCGAGACCGACGAAUCAACUUAUGUCUAUCAAACCUCCACCUUUGCCCCCUAAAAAACAAAAUGACUUAGCUAGUAAACCACCGCCUAGACCACCUUACCACAGCGAUGAAUCGCCUUACGAUUUUAUAGACAAGUAUGAGACAGCACCAAAUAAUAUCAUAGGUUUAGAAAAAAGUCCUCCUUUACCCGUACCUGCUCGUAAAGCGAAGUUCGAAAUGGAAGCACCAGAACGACCGAGAAAGCAGUUCAAUGUUUCUAUUAGUGGCGAGGAUGAUUACUUAACUCCCAUUUCAUUACCGGAAAAGACUUCUGGCGUAUUAUUACCGCCACCCCAAAAAAGUACAAAAACUAAUACUCAGGUAAAUAUAUCUUCAUUCUUCGAAUCAAAAACAGAAAAUCCAUCAUUAGAAGGACUGGAUAUUACACUUAGUCAACUUACCUUAAGCGGUUUAAACGAAUUAGCUCAGAAAUUAAAUAUACCAGCUACACAGUUAAGCAAUAUGACCUUAGUGCAAUUAACAAAUUUUUUAUCAAAUUUUAUUAAAAACAAAAAUAAUGUAGUAUCUGCUACCGCACCAAGUACUAAAGUAGAAGGCGAGGUUGGUAAUUCCAAUAACUUUGCAGAUUUUUCCACUUUUCAAGCAGAUUUCGCAGCCAAUUUUAACAAUUCCAAUACAGAUCCAACCUAUGAUCGAUAUGCUGUGUUUAGAGAAUUAAUGCAAGAGGAGAUCAAACAAACUAAGAUAGAUUCGGAACCUGAGGAAAUAUUAGAAGAGAAAGAAAAGUUAGAAAACUCAAUGAACAGUAAUGUUAGUUUAGACUUGAAACCUCUCAACGAAGAACCUUCUAAAACCAGUACGGAUAGAUAUGCAGCACUUAGAGAGAUAGUAGAAAGCGAAUUAAAACAUAGUGAAAUACUGAAAGAUGAAUUGAAUAAAAACCAGUCGGAUAGUGAAUAUAAAGGAGAAGAAGAGGAGGAUGAGGAAAAUGAGGAAGAUAGAAAAAUAUUGAAUAAUGAAAACUUUAAUGAAGAGAAUGAAAAUAUAAAUAUAAUUAACCAAGAAAAUAAAUUACAAAUGGAAAUAAAAGAUAAGGAACCGGUUUCUCCGGUGAAAACCAGUAUAAUAGAAUAUAUAACAGCUCCUGAAGUUCAAAGUGAGGAAAUACAAUUAAAGAAUACUUUAAAGUCUCCAACUAAAACUAGUGUUAUUGUUAAAAGCCCAAUACCCAGUGCUAUAACUGAGAUAGUUCAAAAUAAUACUCGCCUCACUUCAGGAUCGUUGUCGGAUGUCAUCAGCGGAAGUUCACCAGAAGUUGACAACACAGCUAGUAACUCUGAUAUCGUGAAGAAGAUGACAGAUGCAACAGGUGAAUCGUGGGCAAUUUUCGACCAAGAAACAGCACACUUGGAAUCCGUUAAAGAGAAACAAGCUGUGCAAAGUGAAGAGGGAGUUUCGCCAUGGUCAAGUGAUUCUAAGGAGUUUGGAGGUGGAUCUCCACCAGGCUGGAGAAGUAAGGAUUCGGGUAGUGGUACAGAACCAUUUCCAAGAAAAAGAAGGGACCAAGAUGGUUGGUGGGAUACUGCUGCUGAACCUGAAGCUCACUAUUAUCCUGCAAAUCGUCGUUCGACGGAUAGUUAUGAUGAAGAAUACUAUGAGUGUUACGAUCGACCAAGAAGGCGUCGCCAGCAGAGUAAUUGGCAACAUGGAAAUCAAGCUGCAGGUGGGCACUCAUCCAGUUCAAGAGAUGUCAGUCCUUGGGAGGAAGAACCUCAAAGACGGGAUCUUCGGGAAAUGAGGGAUCCGAGAACAGUUUACAGACAUCCUCGAACACACUCAUUCGAAAGAAGACGAGAUAGAAGACUGACUGAUAGUUGGGAUGAAGAUGACGAUUAUGAGUACGAGGAUGAACAUUCGACACGUCAUUGGGAUAGGCAUAGUUCGAGAGAGACUGAUCGAGAAAGCAGGCAUAGUGGAGGAAGUAGAGAUCACGACAGUGAUAGAUGGUGUGAUGAUAGAAGUGAUGAUAGAAGGCAUAGGAGAAGAAGGGACCCAAGAGAUAGAUGGUGCUGUCCUGACUGGGAUCAGCCAGGACAAGAUAAAACUAGGUAUGGUAGUGGUAGAUGGCGGGACCAUAAGACUGAAGAAAGAUAUUAUAGUAGAGAAUCUCAAGAAUCUCCUUGGGAAGACGAAUAUUCAAAUGAUCCUGAAGAUUCGCCCCAUUUCGUUACUAGUUCUAAGAGAAAUUGGAAACAACGACCCAGUAGUGCUUCAGAAAUGGAUAGAAAAACGGGAGAAAUUAAAUCAAGACAUCAUCUAGGUGCAGGUGGAAGUGAUGGUGAAAGAGAUAGAAGAUACAAACCUGGUAGAAGAUCCCGUAGUCGAGAUUCUCAAUAUUCAGAACCAACUCAUAGGCAUAAAUCCGAUUUGGGUCCACCAAUAAAAAGUGCACAUCGUUACAAAUUUCCAGAAGAACCAGUAAUCAGUAAGAAAAUUCCCUCUGACUUUAAAAUAGAAUGUAAUAAAAAACCUUCAACUCUUACGCGAAAGAAAACCAAAGACAGUCCCAAGUCUGAGGAAAAUAUGGCCAGUACUUUCCCUAGGAAGUCAAGUAGUCGUGGAAAAUUAGUUUUUGAGAAUGACUUUGUUUCUCCAGAACCUAGUCCUGUAAUACCGAGUAGAUUGACAUCGAAAAUCAACUUUGAGAAUGAUUUUGAGAAAUCGCUGCCAGUUGAAAGCGUUCGUGAUAGACCUCGACCAACGACCAAAUUAUCCCCUCGGUACCAGACGAAGUCAAAAUCUCACUUCGAGGACGACUUUUCCCCUACCGAGAAACAGGAACCUGACGACAACAUUUCAAGUAUUAAAGAAGAGGCAGAUCGUGAGGACGAAGAUGAAUUUAGUACCAGUAAUUUUGAAAACGCUACGAAUGGACGAAAGAAGAUUCUUUCAAAAAAUAGAUUUUCAGGUUUGAGAACAGAUAUCAACAUUAAGAAAUCUGAAUCGGUAAAUAUUUUCGCCAGAGAAGAUGAUCCGUUUGACGAUGAUUUCUUUUGUGGGGAAGAUGAAGGGAGGGAACAGAAGACUUCGCCUAGGAGUACAGAGCUACGAUGGACUGAUGACUUUGAAAAUUAGAUAUUUUUAAGAUGACUAAUGUGAUUUCAGGUCACUAUGUUGUUUUUUGCUAGAAAGAUUUCACCAUUAGGUAAUUGAUUGGGUUUUUGAAUGUUGUAAGAACUGUUUUAUUUAAAUAACACGUUUAUAAUAUAAUAUUUAUGAACACGGUAGUGUUAAUACAGAAAAUUUAAUUCCGGAGAUGAACUCCAAAGGGCAUUCUGAUGUUUUUGUUUUGAGUAAUUUUUAAGCAUAUAUUUAUUUAAAAUUUUUGUUAGAAAACCCAGUGUUUUUAAAACGACUUUAAUACUUUUCAAAUAACGUUUCCUUAGUAGCCGAGCGGCUCCCCUAAUUUGAGGCUUAGAAAUCGAAAAAGCGACCAUGAUAGGUGAAUGGCAAAUUUUGGUCAUUCUUUAUAUUUUCGAGGUCGGUGAAUCCGAAUAUGAAGUUUAUUUUUAUCUAGAAUUGGUGGUACAUGUUCAAAAAUCAAAUUUUAUGCAAAAAUUCGAAAAAUUAAUUUUGAUGAUUUUUCAUAUUUACCUCACUGUAUCUUUGGUCGCUGUAAAUAUUUCCUUUUGAAAAUUUUACUGUAUCACCUUUCGAGUAUUUAGAUGACAACGAGAUUUGUCCAAAAUGUUUAAACAAAUUAAAAGAGGGGUUGUUAAUUUUUAGACAUUUUGUCGUCAGAUUUCGUUAGUUCCAUGUUUACUUAAAAAACGGGCCCCACGUUGGGCACCAGUGCAACGAAAUAAAAAAAGGCGAUGGACUACCAUAGCUAAUUGAAAUAAUAUUCGAAAAUAUUACCUCAAUCAUCCAAGAUAGCCAUCGCUACACCUUUACCUAGCUCAGUCUCUCAGGUGUGUGUUCGUCUUGUCCUAAUCUUAGAAAUGAACUAUGAAAAUUCGGAAUGGAAGCAAACAAAGCAGUAUUUUUAACUAAUCAUGUUUAUUGUUCAUAAAGAUAUAAUAAAAAUAUGACUUAUUACAGUCGAACCCGCUUAUUAGAAUACCUGUUAAAGGAAUAUCCCGGUUUAAGGAAUAGCAAUUUGAGGUCACAAAACGUUUUAACUUGGCACAUAUGAUCGGUUAUUAGAAUAUCCCAGUUAUAGGAAUACUUUUGCUUGGCACGAAGGCUAUUCCAAUAAGCGGGUUCGACUGUAUAUGCAUUAACACAUAUAUUCAAAUUGUUGCCAAAAACUAACAAUUCUGGAUUAUACUUAUGGCUUUUGGUAGCUGAUGGUAACUUUUUGAUGUCGAAUGGUACAGUUGUUGACUUCUCUUGACCUGGACAGAUGUUGUGGCCCUAGGUCAGUCCAGCUCUAAUUUACUGGUGGUGUUGAUCGCUGCAGUCUAGUUGCGAUGCAUCCAUGAAGUCUUCGCCUUAUGAGUAGCAUCACCGGUGAUGAAGGCAGGUGGCUCCCGACGGGAGAAAAGGUUGAUUUGUUCCCAAAAACUAUAAGAUAAAAACACAUAUCAAACAUCAAGAAGAAAAACCAAAAACGAGUCUUUGCCAAACAAUCGUAAAAAGCAGUUAUUGGCAAAGGAAUAAUUAAAUGGAAUUAAGAUUGAUACUACUAGUUAGAAUUUAAUUACUAAACGUGCAUAUAUGAAAAUUAGAAAUAAAUAGGUAUUUAAAAUUGACGAUGUGCUCGCAGACAUGGAAGGUUAGGUUGGAUACGUAAAAAUGAUAUGAUUGUAAUUAAUAUGAUAAGAAUAAGAACUCACCCCAAGAGAAUAUUAAGUAUUGAUGGAAAAUAAAUCCAAUUUUCAAAUUCCAUGCCUUUUUAAGGAAUAAUUCUUCCCUUCCAUUUUCAGUUUGUCAGCGGGUAGGGAUGAAGUGUCACUGUCAUUGAAAACGACAUUUGAAAUGACGACCAAGUACUAUGAAGUAGCAGGCAUGUUCCGUAUUGAAAGACAGAUACUUACAGAGUAAGAAUAUACGGGGUACGUUCAGUAUGAUGAUUUAGAUUUUAGAUGAAAAGAGAUAUAUUAAAUAGAAGAUAAUAAAAGAGGAUAAUAAAAGAGGGCGCCAACGAGUUUUUAACGAAGAAAACUGGUAAAACAAAUAGAAGAAAAUUAUUACUAAUGAAAUAAUAAAGAAAAUAAAGUAAAAUAAUUAUUUAAAAAUAAAAUAACAAAGAUGUGACGUUUGUAACGUUACAAAGUUGAGUGACAAACUUUUUGACAAAACACAGCAAUAAAAUAUAAUUCAUAAAGAAGUUUUCUGGAAAAUUUUAAGUCAAAAUAUGCAAUAAGAAAAAAGUUAUGUGACUUUAUAGACGAGUGGCACUCUUCCAAAAAAACGAUUAUUUCUCGAAAUAAUGACCACGGUGUGGUGAAUGGCUAAUUUUGGUCUUACUUGUUUACAGUGUUUUUGAUGGUGCUGAAACGAAAAUAAGGUUUAUUUUGAAUUUUAGAUGGAGGAACAGUGUCAAAAUCGCAGUUUUACCCUAAAAAUAAUAAAAAAAAUGAAAUCACCUUUUUCUUAAAAUUUAAAAGUUGCAUUAUUUUUUUUUUUUUCUAUAAAACAUUUUAUUCUUUGUACCCUAUAUUUUAACAUAAACUUGAUUAAAAAGCUAAAUUUCAAAUUUUGUCACUCAACUUUUGCGAUUAAACUUUGAAAUUCAGGAAUCUGCACCUUUAACUUUAAACUAUUCAUAACUUUUAUUAUAAUGAGACAGAAAGAUUGAUACAAGUACCAUUAUCUUCAGAAAGGUAAGAAAUAUAUACUAUAAAAAUUUCAGACAGAAAUAUUAAAAUGAAACAGAGUUAUUAACCGCAAAAUAUGUGAUUUCUCAUUUUUUUUAUUUUUAGGGUAAAAUUGCGAUUUUGCCAAUGUCCCCUGCUUAAAAUUCAAAAUAAACCUAAUUUUCGUUUUCAGAACCAUCAAAAACAUAAAGUAUGACCAAAAUUAGCCAUUGACCACACCGUGGUCAUCACACCGCACAGUAUAUCGAGAAAUAAACGUGACUUAAAAUUUUCCAGAAAACUUCUUUGUGAAUUAUAUUUUAUUGCUGUGUUGGUUAAAAUUAUAAGCUAAAAAGUUUCUCACUCAGCUUUUUUAAGUAAACAUGAAACUAACGAAAUCUGACGACAAAAUGUUUAAAAAUAACAACUCCUCUUUUUAUUUGUAUAAACAUUUUGUACAAAGCUCGUUGUUAUCUAAAUACUUCAAAGAUGACACUGUAAAAUUUUCAAGAGGAAAUAUUUACAUCGACCAAAGAUACAGCGAGGUAAAGUUACAAAAUCCUCAAAAUUGAUUUUUCGCAUUUUUGCAUAAAAUUUGAUGUUUGAACAUGUUCCACCAAUUCUAGAUAAAAAUAAACUACAUAUUCUGAUUCAGCGACCUCGAAAACAUAAAUAAUGACCAAAAUUGAUCAUUCACCUUAAAGUUGAUUUUCAUGGUCGGUAUAACGUAAUUUUAGGGGUUGCUGCCGCUCGCCUAUAGGUUCAGUACAUUUGCCCAUUCUUGUAAACCAUUCAUUCUGAAAUUUAUAAUAUUGGACGAUCCUACGAAAUUAUUCAGUCGCCGAAUUUAUACCAAAAAACUUGGUACGUAAGAUUUUUUUAAUCUUGAUAAACACUUGGAUCUCGGUAUCAAUAAUAUAUCAUGUGGUGUAACAGGAUGUAAGCUGACCGGGUCACAAAUGAGAAGGUCCUCAAACGAAUGAAGAAGAACCGAGGGGUACUGACCACCAUCAAAUCUCCAAAGUUACAAUACUUGGAAGACAUUAUGCGAAAUGAAUCCAGAUAUGAACUUCUACAAGACAUCCUGCAAGUAAUAAUAUUUGGAAAGCGAGGUCCAGGAAGGAGAAGAAUAUCCUGGUUAACCUUCGGAUGACCAAGGGGGUAAAUUUGGACCCCAGCUUAUGUUUUUCUUUAAUAAAUUCAAAAGUAUUUUUAAUUUUUAACUCAUUAUUUUUUUAUUUGACUUUAAUAUCAUUCUAGAUAUCCUCAUAUUUUGAAAUAAAAAACAUUCCCUAUAUUUUACGAAUAAAAAAUAUAUUCUGAAGUUGAUGUUUAGUAAAAUACCGUCUAUUGUGUGGAAUUCCAAGUAGUUUUACACUGCGCGUUAUCAAAAUCUAUUUUUAGACUGUGGUGCCUGUUAUGUACGAAUCAUGACAUUUCUGUCUGCUACAGUUAGUCAUUAUUAUUAUUUCCUGGCGUAUAUUAUUAUAGUUUCUUAGUAUUUUGUGUACAUAUAAGAUAUGGCCCGCAAAUAUCUUACCGAGGCUGAGUUACAGGAAAUUGUUACUGCUAGCGAUUUUUAUGAUGAUAUAGAAGAUGAAAUAGUAUCACAAAACAAGGAUGUAUUGUUAGAUGAAGAUUUAAAUGCUGAAAACAUUCAUUCCAGGUCAUUUUUGAUCUGGGGUCAUUUUUUACUCCCAUUGGUCAUCCGUGUAACAAAAACGGUUGGUCAUCGGAAGGUUAAAGAACCUCUGAACCUGGUUCAACACAACAUCUGUGCAGCUGUUCCGCGCUGCUGCAAAUAAUAUAAAGAUUGCCAUGAUAAUCGCCAACAGUCGUCACGGAUAAGCACAUCAAGAAAUAGAAGUGAAAAUACAGAAUCUAUUUAAAAAUUCAAUAUUUUGGCUUCUGUAUAAAGCUUCUUAUAUCAUGAUACUACUUCAUGAUUCUGAUUAUAAGCCGAAAAUUACUGCCUGCUAGGAACGAUGUCAAAUAUCUGGGUAUUCACAUAGAUAAUCUCCUAAAUUGGGGAAAACAUAUACCCAAACAACUACAACUGGACAUGCUUCAAAAAAAUGUACUGGUUUAUGAAUCGGAAGUUAGAUUUAACUAUCGAGAAGAAACUUCUUCUCUAUAAGACAAUACUACGACCGGUCUGGAUGUACGGGAUUCAAAUCUGGGGAACUGCCAGUAAUACAAAUAUGCAAAGACGACAAAGAUUCCAAUCCAAAGUUCUUCGUGAUGUCUGAAAUUCGUCAGACGAAGUCUUAAGGGGCUAUCCUAGUGUAAAAGUUCGAAAUUCAUAUACUUUUUUGGAAAUUUGUAAAAUAAAAAGUACUGUACCAAUUGUUUUGAAAAUUUGCAUCAGCAUUUAUUAUAAAAAGAAGUACAUGUAAAACAAUUUUUAUAAAAAAAAUUGAAAAUAAGACGAUUUAUGCGCUAUCUACUGGCACCAUGAAAAUAAAAACAUAGGUCCACUGCUGCAGUGAUUGGGACUAAUAGAGAUCCUAAAACAUAAAAUUUCAAAGUUAUUAUUGAAUGAUAAGUUAUUUUCUAUACCAUCAACUAGGGUUUUUGAUCGGAUAAAAAAUGUUAAUUUGGCGGUUUUUGAAACUGAAAAUGUUUUAACUAAUUUUAAAAUUUCUUUUCAAUACUUCGCCAUUUUUACAAAUUUUAAUAUUUUUCAAAAAUUCUAGUUGGUGGUAUAGGAAAUAACUUAUAUUUCAAUAAUCACUUUGGAAAUUUUAUGUUUCAGGAUCUCUAUUAGUCCCAAUCACUGCAGAGUGGGACCAUGUUUUUAUUUUCACGGUGCCAGUAGAUGUCGCAUAAAUCGUUUAAUUUUCAACAUUUUUUUAUGAAAAUUGUGUUACAGAUACAUACUUCCUUUUAUAUUAAAUGCUUAUGCAAAUUUUCAAAGCAAUUGGUACAGUAUUUUUUAUUUUAGAAAUUCCCAAAAAAGUAUAUGAAUUUCAUACUUUUACAUUAGGAUAGCCCCUUAAAAAGGGCUAAUAAUAUUCGGAAACUCGAAUCCAUAAGUGUCGAAAAAUUUCCUAUCAAGGUCACAUUUUUCGAAGUAAUCAGUAUCGUAUGUUACAACUAUUAAUAAAGAUCAAGAUAGCAGUGGCGGCUGGUGACUCAAAAAUUUGGUAGUUCUGCAGUAUUUUUUGGUUUUUUUUAAUUCAAUAUCUUUUAAUCGUUGUAUUUUACAACGAGGCUUUUAGUUUGAUAUUUUACACCAUAUAUUUAUUCAUUAUAUAUCUAUUAAAAAAUAAUAAAGAACUUACCGAUUUUCUUCUUUUCAAAUUGAAGAUAAAUCCAAUUAUAUCAAAAAUAGCAAUGGUACAUUAUGGCACACUAGUAAUUGUUUUAUAGUUUAUGUUUUUAGUAGAAUUUUAUCGAUAAAUACGCGAAACUAAGGAAUGCAAACGAAAAAACACUACAAACAAAAUCGCCACAACAAUAAUUGCAUUAUAGGGUCUUACGAACUAACUACACACAGAGCCAAAUAUAUUAUUUUUUUUAUAAAUAAGCUCGAUUCGUCGAUUUUUUUAAAGCAAACUUGUCUAUAACUUUUUCAUUAAAGUUUGGUAUUUCUUUUAUAAGUGUUUUUUCUACUGACAACAUGGUUAAUGCUACAAGUCGGUCUUCAGUCAUGGAAUUUCUCUACAGUCAAAAUUGUAACCUAAGAAUUUCUAAACACGGCACAGAUGCAACGGUCACGAAUAACUGUCGUGAAUUGCAGCUCGCAAACACAUUUCCGAGGCCGUUAAUCAGCCGAUUGCCGAAGCACAUCGGCUAAGAUCGCCGUUUGCCUAAUAAAUGCAUUUUACCGCUGCCAGUGUUUCGGUUAUUAUCGACGCGGCUUCACUGGAGCAGCAAAUACGUAAAAAGAUUGCUUCACUGGAGCACCAAAUACGUAAAAAAAUUAUACGGUUUCACUAGAGGAGUAAAUACGUAAAAAAAAUAAUAUUAAUCAUCGUUGUUGGUGAAUUAUUAUUAACAGUUGAUGUUUAAUAUGAUAAUAUGGCAGAUUUGAAAUAAAACUAUAUUAAUUAUUCUUUAAUAAUUAAGAUUUGCUAUGGUUGUUUGGUAGUUCUGCAGCUCAGCAGCACAUAAAGAAAAGCCGCCACUGCAAGAUAGAAUGAUGAAGUUGAGUUGGUAGAAAACAGGCAUGAUCGCUGAAGAACAUUGGUGACUGGACCGGUAUUCGCAGUAUCGCCCAAUCAUGUAAACUUGCGCAGGAUAGAGAAAAAAUCACUAGAAUGAUAGCCAACCUUAGGAAGGCUGAACAAGGCACGUAAAGAAGCGAGUCGACGCAAAAUUUGUAUCAUUUCACGCACUUCACUAUAGUUGGCGUUGAACCUAACCUAAAAUAAAAUGUUCUUUUUUAUCGGUCAGUAAAAUAGAGAGGGGAUUGGCAAGUGAUACUUAAUAAAUAGGACUUAAUAGCGUUGAUGAAAAGAUCAUUGGGCAUACCUUAAUGCAUUUCAAUAUAAACAACAUGCUCAUAGUGAGUAAUUAUUUUAAGGCACUUACUUAAUAAAUGUAUUUAGUAAGAUUUUUACUUUUUUUAUUAAAAGUAAAUGAAUGAUAUUAUGCGAUUGAUAUUAUUUUAGCAAUAUUUUGCCAUUUUCUAGUCUUUUUAUUGUUCACAUGUACAUUAAGUUAAGGAAAAUAUACGGUGGAGGUGACAGUGCAUUUAUGUUUAUAUUAAAAAGAGAUUAUGAGAGAUUUAAGCCACUGAUAUGAGCUACGUUAUAUGCUAAUCUCAACAUGCGCGUUAAUUCUUGAAUUAGCUAUUAUUCUAUUAAAUGAUAUCACUAUAAUGUAGGGAUUUACAUCUUGUAAUAUAAGAGUCCAGUUUGACACUAUCUAAGAUGAAGGCUCAAUAUUGGGACCGUGCAAGUUCGGCAAAGCGACCUCUAUUUCUACGCUCUGUACUUUUAUUCGCACUUUUAAUUAUAUUGGCCAAUUAUAUUAGUCCUGGUUGCUGGAUAAUUGUCAAGACCAUAGUCUAAAAAAAUAAUAAGAAGAAAAAAUAAGAUGCAGGUUAUGUUUAGUAAACGUAAACAAUUGUAUGUAGUAAAUAAAAUCAGUUAUUAAAAUGCAGUACUGCAAGCAAAAUACAAUUAAUUAAAUUUACCUUUAUAUAAUAAUUGCAUAUCAUAUCAAUAUUGUGGAGCAAUAUAUAAUUUUUCUGCGUCAAUGACAGAAGGUAUGAAAUAUACGUCAAUUUGACAAUUUCAAUUGACAAUAUGAAUUAUUUAAGAUAGAUGCAAUAUUUCUCCGCGACUCGCGCACGGUCGUUUCUCGUUUCCCUUUCCAAGUACUUGCACACCGCGAAUUGUGACAAUAUACUAUCUGACAAACGAGUCCUGGCGGUUGACCUUGCCCGAAAAUACACAGCGAUAAAUGCAUAAUACGACAAGGUCACGCGCCACGUCUCGCUUGUUCGAUAGUACUCAUAGGCGCUAAAUGGAAGUCAUAGAAAACAAGAUUAUUAUUAGUAAAUAAAUAUUUAUAAAAAUAAACCAAAAUAAAAUAAACCGAGCUCUUCUUAUAAGUUUUACUAUAAACGUAUAUAUUAAAUAGUUUAGUCGUAAGAAAUGAACAACAGAUUGAAGCAAGUUCGAAAAUAUUGUCGCCAAUGAAUAUAUACCUACCUGAAAAAAUUGGCAUUUGUACUGUAGUCAGAAUUUCUGUACCUAAAUAUAGAUUUAUUACGAAUUUCAUUUUCAUGGGAAACAUUUUUUCACAACUUUUUAUUUACAACAGUCAUUAUUAAAAUUUGUGGAUGCUCUAAUUUCGAUUUUCGCAUAAUUUUAGCACGGUUUUUACUGGACUUUUCUUAGAAGUCCUCACUUUAUUUUCAUUUGAUAAACUUUUCCUAUUUUUUUAAACUAUUGAUGAUAUUUCUAGAAUAAAAAAUCCUCUUUAUAAACUUAUACUUAAACUUUAUAUACUCGCAUUAGAAUUCGAAAUAUUUUUACGUAAAAUAUACUUACCUAUAAACUGACAAUUAAUAAUAAUCUAUUUUUUCAAAUAGUCCGACAACUUAGUUCUUUUACACAAAAAUAUAAUAAAUUAAUUAUAAACAAACACUACUUCCCUAUGGAUGAACACUAACGAAUUCCAAUAUCUUAGAAAAUAAUACACUACUGCACUGAAUGGAUAUCGAUACAGAUAACAGAACAGAUAAGAGAAUCGUGCUAUUACACUUAGAAAACCGACGCAGGUUUGUCAAAAUGACAGUGACUAUUUCUCUUUGUUGCCUAAUCAGUUAUUGGUUAUAAUAUUUUCAAUUUCUUGUUACAGAUAAUCAAUUUUAGUAGUUCCAAGGAGACACAAAAUCUAGGCACGGGAUAAAAAGUUUAUUUGAAGAAAGUGUAUUAUUUUGUUCUUCUUAAAGGCGGUACAUGCUCGUUUUUGUAAUAUUUUAUUUAUAUAUAGAGUAAUUUCCACAUUCUAACAUAUUUCUCAAAUUGAGCUCUGUACCGUCAUUCUUUACUGUAUUACGAAUAUGUGUGCUAAAUAUCUCAACAAAAUAUUCAAAAUUAAAGCCGCAAUCUUGGAACGCGUUUUCCGUUUUGAUGACGCGCUUAUGUAUCCUCUUAAUUUAACCUAAGUAAGAAAAUGCCCGUUUUUUUGUAUGUUUUAACAUAAUUUGCUUUUUCGAACAGAAUUGUUUACUGGGCAAACAAUUUUUUUCUCAAAUCUGCGGCCAGAACAGAAGGGGGACGAUAUUCCCCAUAUUAUGUAAAAACUGCACAUGUUUAAGUAUUAUGCAUUGCCCAUGUUUGGCAUAACUUUUAGCGUUUUUUCAAUUUCAAAUGGCUUAAAAUCUCUCUAUUUCUAUUUAAUUUAACAAGUUCUGUACUAUAUUAAAUACCAAUUGAACUAAAUUAUUUAUGUCCUACUUUUAUUUUAUUUAUUUAUAUAUGACAUAUUGUUAAUCUGAGAUGAACUUUAAUAUUAUAUUUAUUUUAAAUUUCAUUCACACAUUCAAAUAACAGGGCCGGAAUCAACUUUUUUACGGCAUUUUUAAUGCUUAUUAUUCGUUAAUUCAAGGUCAAUGUACAGAUUGUUUAGUUUUAAAUUAGAUAUGAACUUGGAUAUUUAUUCCUGUUUCAUCGACUUCGAAAAAGCGUUCGACAGGGUCCGACAUGAAGAACUAAUAGAAUUAUUGAAAAACAGAUGUAGACAGACGAGAUUUACGAAUUAUCAUCAAUUUGUAUUGGAAUCAAAAGGCCAAUAUAAAGAUAGAAGAACAAGAGUCCGAGAAUAUUGAUAUAAAGAGAGGAGUAAGACAGGGUAGUGUUCUGUCGCCGCUAUUGUUUAACGUGUACAGUGAAGCCAUAUUUCAGGAAACGAUAGCGGAACUAACUGAUGGAAUCUCUAUAAACGGAAGAAUACAUAAACGGAAGACAUAAGAUUUGCUGAUGACACCGUUAUAAUGGCAGACACCCUGGAAUCGCUACAAGAAUUAUAGAAUUAUAUUAAAAAGAAAAUAAACAAGAAAAAAACUAAAUUUAUGAUUGUCUCAAAAACACAACAUGGAAAUGAAAGGUUAAUGAUAGAGCAAACCCAAAUAGAAAAAGUAAAGACAUACAAAUAUCUGGGAACCUGGGUUGAUGACAAAAAUGACCAAAGCAAAGAAAUUAAAGUCUGAAUUGAAAUUGCAAGGCAAGCAUUUAUAAAAAUGAAGACACUGCUUACAAACGAAGACCUUCAGUUGCCUCUCAGUUUGAGGACUCUAAGAUGCUACAUAUUUUCUAUAUUACUAUACGGAAUGGAAGCUUGGACAUUGAAGAGACAACACAUAAUAAAAAUAGAAGCGUUCGAAAUGUGGUGUUACAGGUGAAUAUUGAAAAUACAGUGUGUUCAAAGGAUUACCAAUGUUGAAGUGCUACGACGUUUAAAUAAGGAAUUAGAAAUUAUGAACAGUAUAAAAACAAGAAAACUGGAAUAUUUGGGUCACAUUACCAGAGGAGAAAAAUAUGAGUUGCUGAGAAUUAUUAUGCCAGGAAGGAUCCAAGGAAGAAGAAGCAUAAGAAGAAGACGCAUCUCCUGGCUGAGGAACCUUAAAGAAUGGUUUAACUGUAGUUCAUUACAACUGUUCAGAGCAGCAGCCAACAAAGUGACCAUAGCCAUUAUGAUAUCCAACCUCCGAAGAAGAAGAAAUUAGAUAUAGGACAUUCAAUACAUGACAACGUUGCGUCCUCGCUUUCCAUACCUGAGUCGCGCGGGUUUAUUUAGGCAUUCGUGUAUUCUACAGUGGCAAUUCAACUCAUUCUCAUAAGCAAUGUUGCCGAUUUUAACGUUUCCUUCAGUCCCUAUAUCUAGUCGAAAUCUAAACGUAUGGUAUAUUCAAGGUAAUGGAAUUUUAUAAUCAGUUUCAUCAUUUUUUUUUAUUAAUUGUGGUAAUAUUUUCUGAUCCGGGAGACUUUGCUAAUUUCAGCUAAUGAGAGCUGUUUUUCCCUGAUAUCAUUUUGUUUCAGUGCCAUUCCAUCAUAGUGCAUCUACUCCCUGCUUACUUCGUACUUUUCUUGAAAGAAUUCUGUCCACAUUUUCCAUAUUUUACUUUGGGAUGUUACUAUGUCUCCUUUCCCUGCUCAUCAUUGUUCUUGGUUUAAAUUCUGUUCUACUUUUGUCAAGUUUUUGUAUUCUCUUUUCUUCUGUCCUUAGCAGCCUAUAUUCUUCUUAUUGGGGCCGUGCAAGUUCGACAAAGCGACACCUGGUUUCUACGCUCAGCAACUUUCUUCGCACUUUUAAUUAUAUUGGCCAAUUAUAUUAGUCCUGGUUACUGGAUAAUUGUCAAGGCCAUAGUCCAAAAAAAUAAUAAUAAUAAUAAUAGAAGAAAAAAUAAGAUUCAGGUUAUGUUAUUAAAACGUAAACAAUUGUAUGUAGUAAAUAAAAUUAGUUAUUAAAAUGCAGUACUGCAAGCAAACUACAAUUAAUUAAAUUUACCUUUAUAUAAUAAUUGCAUAUCAUAUCAAUAUUGUGGAGCAAUAUAUAAUUUUUCUUCUUCAAUGACGGUAGGUAUGAAAUAUACGUCAAUUUGACAAUUUCAAUUGACAAUAUGAAUUAUUUAAAAAAGUUACAAUAUUUCUCCGCUAUUCGCGCACGAUCGUUUCUCGUAUCCCCUCCAACUACUUGCACACCGCGAAUACUUGUAUCGUCUACCGUUUUCAUCGGUAUGCACUAUUUUUCCUUUCUGCUAUGUAUCGACAUUCUUCAUCAAGUCGUUGUUCUUUAGUUUUGUUUACCUUUUUCUGUAUGCACAGGAUCUCUUUUGCAAUUUCUUAUAUAAUAGUAGGAGAGCCCAAGCGGGAAUUUUUGCAGUAACUCAAGCGCGUCAGAUUAUCAUAUGGGGAGAACCCUGGUACCCUGUAGAUGUACCUCUAUCAUAUAUUGGCUCUAAACACAGGGGAUUUCGUUAAGGGGGGGGGGCGAAAAAAAAUAUCCUUAGAAAAACUCGAAAUCGUCAGAUUAAGAUAAGGUAAGUUAAGUACAUGCAAAACAGUGUAUAUUUCAAAAAUCUGACGAUUUGGCCGGGGCGUAAGGAAAUGGGUGAGUCACAAAGUUUCACAAGAAAAAAGCGAAUAUUUCGCGAAAUGAACGAUAUAUCUAAAAACUAAAAAAUACGUGCUCAAUAUUUGUCAAAAAUCUAUCGAAUGAUACCAGACACGACUGUCCACGGAGAGAGGUGGGGGGUAAAUUUAAAAUUUUAAAUACGAAUCCCGCGAUAUUUCGCGAAAUGAACAUUAGAUCGAAAAACUGAAAAAUACACUUAUUCAGUAUGUUUUAAAAAUCUAUCGAAUGGCACCAAACACGACCUCCCACGGAAGUGGAGUGGGGGGUUACUUUAAAAUUUUAAAUAGGAGCCCCCAUUUUUAUUGCAGAUUCGGAUUCCUUACGUAAAAAUAAGUAACUUUUACUUGAAGCAUUUUUUCGAAUUAUGGAUAGAUGGCGCUAUAAUUGGAAAAAAGAUUGUUGGAAAUGGAAAAUUAAAUUAAAAAUGGAAAACUGUACUUAACUUUUUUGGUUUUAAAACCGACUCUUCACAACCCAAUAGAUCCCCAAAGCGGUCGAGUGACUGCACAUUUAGCAUACUUUCCUCCCCUACUAUAAUGUUUUUACACGUUUCUUAGUCUUUUAUUUCGAUGUUAGAGGUUCUGGCUCUUAUUGUAUUUUACCCCAGUUAGUGGUUUGAGUCUGUAUUAGCCCCUCAUCUGCUACGCACCUUUAUUACAUAUUGAAUGAUAUUCAAUACCAAUUAAGAAACCAUGGUAUGUUUUAACGGUCAAAAGUGAUGUAAUGUAGCUGUUAUAUAAAAAAUACUGUUAUUUGUUCUGCAAUUUUGUCGAUUUACUUACUCAUCACCCAGAAUUAAAAUUUGCCUAAUAUUAAAGUACAUGCUAGAUUAGUUGAAUAUUAUUUUUACAUAGUGAUCUGAUUUCUAAAGAAACUCCAGUUUAUACUUUUUAUAUUCUCACGGCAGUUUGAAAACUUACUAUAAUAGAAAAUUAAGUGAUAUAAGUGUUGAUAUUAUUUUAUAUUUUAGAUAAUCAUUCAACUGCCCAGUUUUAAUUAACUUGAAUUUUAACAUUGUUAUAUAUUAGAGCCAUGACAAGACCUACUCAUUUAUAGUUUAAUAUAAUUUAUAUAAUGUAGUUAUGAAUUUAUGUGUGACCAUAUUUUAAAAAUAUAAUGGAAAAUUUUUUGUAUGUUAACACUAUUUUAUUUUACAAUUGUGCCUACUGCCUCUUUUAUUUAUUUUAAUAUAAUUUUGAUUUUGCUGUU